AUGUUGGAAAAGAGGCGCAGUCUGCUGAGGUCUGCGGUGACCGAGCGACUGACUGCGGCUGCGGAGGAGAUCUUUGCCCUGGUGGAGCAGACGAUAGCAGAGUAUGAGGAGGAGGUGAUCCGAGGCAAGCAGGGGAACCAGGACGAGAGCCAGAGAGCCCGGGAGAGAGCGAGCCAGACCCGGGAGAAAGCGAGCCAGACCCGGGAGAGCGAGAGCCAGACCCGGGAGAGCCAGACCCAGCAGGAGGAGAACCAGCCGCAGGAGAAGGAGGCCAACGCAGAGACCCAGGACCUCCCGUCUCAAGAUGUCCUCAUUCAGACGGCGGAAAGCACACCGAUGUCGUCAACCGACCUGGACCGGAAGACCGACCUGGACCGGAAGACCGACCUGGACCGGAAGCCCGGCCUGGACCGGAAGACCGACCUGGACCGGAAGACCGACCUGGACCGGAAGCCCGGCCUGGACCGGAAGACCGACCUGGACCGGAAGCCCGGCCUGGACCGGAAGACCGACCUGGACCGGAAGACCGGCCUGGACCGGAAGCCCGACCUGGACCGGAAGACCGGCGGCCUGGACCGGAAGACCGACCUGGACCGGAAACCCGGCCGCCCGGCCUGGACCGGUAGCCCGGCCUGGACCGGUAGCCCGGCCUGGACCGGUAGCCCGGCCUGGACCGGUAGCCCGGCCUGGACCGGUAGCCAGGCCUGGACCGGUAGCCAGGCCUGGACCGGAAGCCAGGCCUACACCGGAAGCCAGGCCUACACCGGUAGCCAGGCCUACACCGGUAGCCAGGCCUGGACCGGAAGCCAGGCCUACACCGGAAGCCAGGCCUGUGGAAGCCAGGCCUGUGGAAGCCAGGCCUGUGGAAGCCAGGCCUGGACCGGAAGCCCGGCCUGGACCGGAAGCCAGGCCUGGACCGGUAGCCAGGCCUGGACCGGUAGCCCGGCCUGGACCGGAAGCCAGGCCUACACCGGUAGCCAGGCCUGGACCGGUAGCCAGGCCUGGACCGGUAGCCAGGCCUGGACCGGAAGCCAGGCCUACACCGGAAGCCAGGCCUACACCGGAAGCCAGGCCUACACCGGAAGCCAGGCCUGUGGAAGCCAGGCCUGGACCGGAAGCCCGGCCUGGACCGGUAGCCCGGCCUGGACCGGAAGCCCGGCCUGGACCGGAAGCCCGGCCUGGACCGGAAGCCCGGCCUGGACCGGAAGCCAGGCCUGGACCGGAAGCCAGGCCUGGACCGAGUUGGCCGACAAAGCACAAGUUCAGACUGCAGAGGCGAGCCACGCGGCAGACAACCUCCGGAACACAGACGCUGACAAGCUCGUGCCGGUCACAGAGCGCCUCAUCCAGGACGUAGCAUCUGCCCCCAACGAGUGCGUAGAGGAGAGGCCGAGCGAGAUCGAGGUCCUGGUUCCAGAAACUGAAAACGAUCAAAUGCCGGAGAAACCCGGGAAAACCCUCACGCACAAACGAAAGCGUAAGUCGAGUUUACCCCAACCCGCGGAGUUCAGCGCGAGCCAAGAGAUUUCACCAAAACUGAGAACAACGCUGGAUAAGGAGAAUGAGGGAGAGAAGGAAGCAGUGGUGGAGAAAGGUAACAGCAAGGCAGAAAGGUGGAAAGAACUAGGUACUUCAAGGGAGUUGAGAUCUGAGAGCGGCGCGAGGGAGCAGAGAUCUGAGAGCACAAAGAAAAAGGCUGUAGCAAAAGGAAGAAAGCCGAGCGCAGAAGGCCGUGCGAAGAAGACUGUUCAGAGCAAAGAAAAAAAGCAAAGUGCACAGGACCGCACAAAACUGCGUAAAGCAGAGAGCAGCGGUAAGAAGACCGCAGUGAAAGGCGCCGCGGUGAAGCCAGCUGGAGGCCGCAGCCCAAAGAAAAGGACCGGAGAGGACGCUGCGGAGAAGCAAAGAGCUGAGCAAACAAAACCGCUUGAACCAGUGGGACGCGUCAAGAAGCAAACUGCGGAGGAGAGUCCGAAGAAGAGACGAGUCGAGGGCAGUGAGAAGAAGACUGCGGAAAGCAAAGGGAAGAAGAGACGAGUCGAGGGCAGUGAGAAGAAGACUGCGGAAAGCAAAGGGAAGAAGAGACGAGUCGAGGGCAUUGAGAAGAAGAAACGAGCAGAGAUCAGUCCAAGCGCACACAAGUCCCUCACCAGUCCAACGGCGCCCAAGUCUCUGAGCAGUCCAAUUGCGUGCAAGAAGUCUCUGAGCAGUCCAACUGCGUCCAAGAAGUCUCUCAGCAGUCCAACUGUGCGCAGGAAGUCUCUCAGCAGUCCAACUGUGUCCAAGAAGUCUCUGAGCAGUCCAACUGUGUCCAAGAAGUCUCUGAGCAGUCCAACUGUGUCCAAGAAGUCUCUGAGCAGUCCAACUGUGUCCAAGAAGUCUCUGAGCAGUCCAACUGUGUCCAAGAAGUCUCUGAGCAGUCCAACUGUGUCCAAGAAGUCUCUGAGCAGUCCAACUGUGUCCAAGAAGUCUCUGAGCAGUCCAACUGUGUCCAAGAAGUCUCUGAGCAGUCCAACUGUGUCCAAGAAGUCUCUGAGCAGUCCAACUGUGUCCAAGAAGUCUCUCAGCAGUCCAACUGUGCGCAAGAAGUCUCUCAGCGUGCGCAAAUCAUUGACCUCUCCAAAGGACGGUAAACCUCUGCGCAGUCCAAAGACGUGUAAAGCCAAGACCCAGGCGAGGAGCUCCCCAUGUCAGACCCAGAUCACUCCUGCGUCGCCUCAAGCGAAAUGUCCCAAACCCAAGCGCACGUGGAUGCGAAAGUCCCUGCAGACGAUAGUGAAGCGCGUAAAGAACGGCGAAACGGAGUUUGAGUGUUCUUAUUGUAACAAAACAUUUGGGCGCCUGCAUCACGUGGAGCGCCACAUCCUGAUCCACACCGGAGAGAGACCCUUCAGCUGUUCGCUUUGUCCGAAGAGCUUCCAGCUGAAAGCGCACCUGAUGCUGCACAUGAUCACGCACACGGACGAGAAGCUCUUCAGCUGCUCCCUCUGCGGCAAGAGGUUCAAGCGCAAAGACUACCUGACGCUGCACGUUAAGAACCACUCCGGCGUGCGCCCCUUCGGCUGCUCGCAGUGCGACGUGCGCUUCGCCCUGAAGCGGAACCUGCAGCGUCACAUGAUCGUGCACGAGCGCGACGUCACCUACACCUGCCCCGUGUGCGCCAUGACCUUCUCCUCGCCGUUUUACUUCCGCAAACACAAGAAGAGCCACAAGAAAGGCAAAGCCAAACACGCGGUCGAAGAUGUUUCAGACGACUGGACUCACGACUGGAGCCCUGAGAUUUACCCCGAGGCCGACGACUUCCAGCUGAUGGCGGAGAGCGGCGAGGGCAAAGUGAAGCACGUCUGCCCCGUCUGCGGGAAGAAGCUCGGGCGGAAGCAGGAGCUGAAGCGCCACAUGCUGCUGCACACGGGCGAGAAGCCGUUCGCCUGCCCCGUCUGCGACAAGCGCUUCAUCCAGAAGAGCAACCUCAAGUCCCACAUCGUCACGCAUCUGGACUCUGUAGACACCAUCAUCCGCAAACAGAGGCCCACGGACAGCAGCGAGAGCACUGCCAGACCGGGCCAGGCUGAUCAGCCGAAGGGUCUGUCCAAGGCCGAACACCUGAAGGGUCUGCCCGAGGCUGAGGCUGAAGCUGAAGACGACUGGUGUCAGAUGGAGGAACCUUGCAGCAGUUCAGCGCUGCAGCAGCAGCAGGAGGAGGAGGAGGAGCUGGUGGACGCGCAGUCCCUGCAGCGCAUCAGCGCGUUAUUGAAGCAGGCUCUGAACCAAAGCAAAGAGCGGAAGAGCAGUGAGUACCACUGCCCCAUCUGCCACAAGGUGUUCGGCCGCAUGGAGAACCUGCGCCGGCACCUCCUGGUCCACACCGGGGAGAAGCCUUUCAGCUGCUCUUUCUGCGACAAACAGUUCGCUCUGAAGCAGCACCUGAAGCUGCACAUGGUGCUGCACACGCGCGACACACACUUCACCUGCGCCGUCUGCGGCAAGAGCUUCAUCCGCAAAGACAACCUGCGCUCGCACAUGCGCAUCCACUCUGCCGAGAGACCUUUCGGCUGCUCCGACUGUGGCGCGCGCUUCUUCUCAGAGCCGGACCUGCUGCGGCACCGCGUCAUGCACACCGCGGCCCGACCUUUCAGCUGCUCAGUCUGCAACAGCAGCUUCUUAAGCAGACGCCACUUGACGAGACACGUGAAAAUCCACACCCGGGACGAGAAGGAGCUACAGGAGGAGCUACAGCAGGAGGAGCUACAGGAGGAGCUACAGGAGGAGGAGGAGACGCAGCAGGAGAAGCAGGAGGAGACAUGA